AUGUCCUCUGGGCUCACUAGGCUUGAUCCCAUCGAGAGCACCCAAGGUGAGGCUGACCGUGCCCCGACAGCGUCCACGGCAACCGCUGUACGUAACAUGGUCAUUACGACCACGCAAGGCGAUGUACAGGAAAACUUUGGCGAAGAAAUGCGGGCCACCACGGAGGCUUGUGUGGAUCUUGUUACCCUUCUCUUGAGCUGCCGUCACUUGAAAACGUUCCGAUACCUUGGACGCCGCAUCAGUAGCGACGGAGACUCUUACCUACCCUACGAAAACUACACCAAAUUCCAGAUGAUAUUCGCUCUCAUUUGGAGCAGGAUGAUUGCAAACAGUUGUGGAUCAAAGCAACAACCACCUUCAACCGAGCAGGAAGAGUGUAGGCCUUUCGCCUGUCUCAAGCAGGUAUACAUCACAGAGCUAGGCCCUUGGUCCUGGUCCCAAUUUCUGAGAGACCUUCUGUCUCUCCCGGAGCUGGACACUCUUUCCUAUAUAUUUCCCAUCGAUGCGUGGGCUUUUAGUCUUGAUCCGAGCCCUACGCGAUCUGCGACCCUGCAGGAUCUCCAUUUAUCUACGACAGCUGUGGACCAAAGGAACUUUCGCGCACUCUUUGGAGCAGUUCAGAACCUGACAAGUCUCCAUCUCGAUAUAAGCGGCAUUUCCUUCAAGGAACGCAACUUCGAUACCUAUAUCAAUAUCCUUCGCGAACAUGGCUCAUUGCUAGCCAAGCUCUGUAUCACAGCUCGUUCCGGCGCCCUCAAAAAGCUCCCACCCGUUUCCUUCUCGUUGUUCACGAGAGUCAAGAUUCUCAGUGUCCCGGACAGCCUGCUGUACGACAGUGAAACCACCAUUGAUGGAUUCAUUUCCCGCCUUCCAAGGAAAGUUGAGGAGUUGACUGUGACAGUUCAGGCCUCCAGGGAACGCACAUCGGCUCUUCUCGUCGACCCGGCGCUCAAUAAAGACCAGCUUCCAGCUUUAAAGAAAGUUACUGUGCUUGUUCCUGACCACGAGAACGGCUCUGCAAACCACGAACUCGGUGUGUGGCUGAGACCUAUUUCUCGUAUAUUCACUUCUCGCUCCCUUGGCUUCCAUUACGGCAAGGUGUCCACAACACAGCCACUUCACUCGGGGUGA